AUGGAUAUAGAUCCAAAAGAUAUUACCAUUUCAAAAGAAUUCCAAUCAAUUGUUGUUCCAAAGCAAUUAACUGGACCUGUUAAAGCUAUCUUACAAGAAAAAAAGCUUUCUGCAACUGAGACAAAAAACGUUGUUGAUGAUCCAAAUGGAAAGAGAAUAAUACUAAUACCAGAGGUAACUGAAUUACCUAAAGAAGUCCUCGAGAAAGUCCCAGAAGCAAAGCUUGAGCCAUAUCCAGUAACUUUAACAUACAAACAACUAACAUACAUUGAGCUUCUUCGUCAUUACAUUCCAGAGCCAUUAGUAAUACCAACAUCAUUCGAAACUAUUGGACAUAUUGCACAUCUUAAUCUUCCUGAUGAGUUGCUUCCAUAUAAGAAGGUUAUUGGUGAGUGCAUCAUCCUUAAAAACCCAUGUAUCAAGACUGUUGCUAUCAAACAAGGUCCAAUUAAUAACGUUUACAGAAAUAUGGAAUUAGAAGUUAUUGCAGGCAAAAACGACUUCAUUACAGAAGUUAAGCAGUCAGGAUUCACAUUCAAAAUGGAUUUCUCCAAAGUUUACUGGAAUUCACGCCUUCAAUACGAACAUGAUUCCGUUGUUGCUACAUUCAAAGAGAAUUCACUCGUCUGUGAUGCCAUGUGUGGUAUUGGUCCAUUUGCAGUUCGUGCAGCCAAAAAAGGAUGCCGUGUACGUGCAAAUGACUUAAAUCCUGAUUCUUACUAUUGGCUUAAAGAAAAUUGCAAGAUUAAUGGUGUUUCAGAGAAUGUCGAGUGUUUCAACAUGGAUGCAAGAGAAUUUAUUAGGAAACAAUUCGAUAAUGGAGGAUGCGAUUAUAUUGUAAUGAAUCUUCCAGGAACUGCUGUUGAAUUUUUGGAUGCUAUCGGUGAAGGUGCUAAAAAGAACCGCGAAACUGCUAGAAUGCCUAUUGUUAUUUUCCAUUCUUUCGAUAACAAAGAUGGUGACUAUGUAGCAUCUCUUAGGGCUCGCGCUGAAAAGGCACUUGGAAUGAAAUUACCAGAAAUGGAUAUUCAUAACGUCAGAGACGUUUCUCCAGGAAAAUUUAUGUUCAGAUGUACUUUUUCAUGUGCAGAUUUGUUCGCUGAUGAAGAUGAUGAUAAACCACAUAAAGUAGAAUAA